AUGAGCAUCAAUACUUCCUUGUGAAGUAAAAAAUGAUGUCAUUUUAAUAAUAGAUCCUUGUAAAACGAAAAAAAGAGGCUGAAUUGGUUAAUCUUUAGCUUUUAGCAAAAAAAAUUCCGGUUUGAAGGUCACUGAAUGUUGUGUAGAAAAAUUGUCGACGACUGCAGUCGAAUGGCCACCUGAUUACCAUGGCAACCGAGUAAAAUCCAAAACAAAUAUGGCGACCUUUGUACGGCUGCAAGUGGAGACCUCGUCAAUAAAAGACGAGUUAUUCAGAAAGUUAAGGUAUAAUUGCCAGAAUUUUUGCUUUCUUUAAUUUAGGAAAACGCUCCGUGCAAAAUGACAUCCGCUUUUGUGUUUUAUUUAUAAAAUAACCAGGAAAUAAAAUAUUGUAAUAUAGUGCGUUCGAGUUGACUUGGUGAAUAAAAAGUGAUACAAAAAUUCUUUGUUUGGUAACGAGAUUUGUAUUCCGGUUUUUUCUUCACAGGGAAGGCGAACGCAACAGAAAGACAGAGUACGAUUCGGCAGUACGAAUUCAAAGCUGGUUCAGAGGCAUCAAAGUUAGAGCGUUUUUAAAGUAAGAAAUAAGAUAAUAAUAAAUAUUAUGUAAAACAAUCUAUUGGAAAUUGGAAUAUGAUAUGUUUUCAAUGAAGGCAAAUGAGUCAUGAUGUAAUUCGAGAAAUAUCCAAGGAAUCCAAAAAGUCCUUCAAGUAAUCAUGCAAAGCUGAUCAAUAUAUUUCAUUUCUAUGGGAACCAGGAUUUUUGCUAGGAUGUUGGUGUCCAAAUUUGGAAUUUCUCUUAUGACGUGAACAUUUUCCCGCGGUAAAUCACUGUGGUGAAGUUGCAAGCUCAUGAGAAUGACAUGAUGACCAAUCCUUUCCUAUAAGAAUCCAAAUUUCCCACAGGAAGUUCAGAUUUCUAUAGGAAUAAAAUUUCCUAAAGGAAUUUCUAUAGGAAUAGUUUGAAAUUUCUAUAGGAACUUUUUGUAAUGGAAGAGAAAUAAUAUGACAUUGCAAUAUAUUAAUAAUACACCAUUUUCAUGUAUAUGACAUUUAAAGUCCAGUUUCAAUCACAAAACAGCACUCUAAUAGCCAAUGUGACAUACUUUCCAGAAGCAUGAUUUAUGGCAAAUUUUACACUUUACCGUACUGGAGUAAUCACUGAAUACAUACGCCAUCAAAACACACCAAUAAAAGAACAGAAAAACCAUCAGAACACACGCCAUCAAAUACUUGCGGUGUGGUAAAGUGUAAAGUACCCAAACUUACUAAAUAAAUAUAUAUAUAUAUAAUUAGACCACACAGGUUAAAUGCAAAAAUUCCUACAAUAACACAAGUGGAGAAAAUGCCAAAAGCACAUGUGUCAAUUAUAACAAAACUGGUCAAAGAACCACUUUGCCAAGCUGAGUCCUGACUCCAGUCUGGAGAUCUUUGAACUUUAGUAACUUUUGUACACAGAAUGCUCUUUGGCAUUGAAAAAGAGAGACUUUGACUAUAGCAUCCUUCUGAAAGUUUUUCUUAUCAAUGGCUGGAACCACAGGAGAACUAUGCUCCAUGCCAUCAAUGAUAAGUAGAAUAUUUUGUAAUUUUUAAGGUUUCUCCAUCAUUGUGCUACUGUGAUUCAAAGACGAUAUAGAGGUCAUUUGGAUAGAAUUUGGUAUCGAGAUAUAGUGCAGGAUGCUGUUGUACAAAUGCGAGAAAGAUAUUACAACUCUAUGGCAACCAGGGUAACCAAUAAAUUAUAUAUAUCAUAGUAUUCUGUGCAUGGACAAUAGCAGACACUAGGCAGGGGAACAGUAGCUACUAAUAAAUUAUCCCAAAUCUUUGUUUCAGCCAUUACUUUGAUACUUAUAUGUGCAUUUAUUGUUAAUUUUAUAGAUUCAAAAAGCAUGGAGAGGUUUGUAAUUGUCACUUUAGCAUGUUCAUGACAAUGUACAUGUAUCAUUCCUUGUGAAACUCAUUAAUAAUUCACGAGAAAAUUAACACAAGAGAAAUCACGAGUGUGAAACAGUUUCAGAAUCAUGCUGAUUUACAUAAAGUUCAGUUUUCUCACCAAAUAUCAUUAAUUUAUUUUAAAUUGUUGAAGAAUACGAUUGUUCUCAUCAAGACAUUCACAAGCCAUUUACAACAUUCACAUCUGUGUUGUAUCGGAUAUAGGAUUUGUAUAUCUGAUACAACACAGCCACAGUGAGCCACUCAUCUUGUAAAUAUACAGUACAUAUAUGCCAAUAAGUAUUUUGGGCUUGUCCUCCUAACAGCACAGUAAUGAUUCUAAGUUUUUCUAUUUUACGUGUAGGAUAUUACACCAGGAAAUACAUGCAUAACUAUUACAGCAGAAAACGAUAUCUAGAAGGACUGAAAACGAAAAAUUCAAUUGUCAGGUAUGACAGUGCUAUAAACGAACACUAACAGUCCUAUUUAUAAAAGUAAAUUUGCUAGUUAAAAUAUCAUCAAUGUGUUGAAAUACCACUGUGAUCUCACACAGGAAAGAAUUAGAAGUAUGGAGAAUAAGUUUAGAACGAGAAAAAGAAAUUGAAAGACAAAAGGAUGAAGAGGUAUAUUAAUUAAUAUUAUUAAAAUGGAAGACUUGCUCUAAGCUUUAGAGCCUUUCAUUCUUUUCAAAUUUUAUCAUCGUUCUUUGUGAAAUGUGUUUCAUUAUACACUGCAUGUGUUUAUCCAUUCCAGGCGACGAAAGAAGCGUACAACAAACGCCAUCACUACCUUCUCAGUACUGUCCAAAUUCCUGGAGUUUAUAACGCGCGAUUUAACCCAGAACUAAGAACGAAGGAAGUCGAACUCAGGUCUGCCAGACAACGUGGUCAACUUCGAAAACACAAGACUGUUUCCGCAAAUACAACGUCAAGAAGCCUUAAUGCUGAGUCUUCAGUAUUACCACCCAUUGGAAAGUCUGCACAGGUUAAUUACUAAAAUGCUACCCAAACUGUAAAGUUUUGGCUUUGGUGGAAAUUAAUUUCUGCGCAAGGAUUCUUGUAGUUAUGAAAGUUUCCGCAAAAUUCUCCAAAUUGUAAAAAAAACUGCAAAUAAUUUCUGAAGAAUCUGGAUAAGCAAAAUGCCUUUGUGAACCAAGAACCAAGCAGAUUUCUGAUCUUCCUAUUAGACAAAAACACUUUCUGACUGCAGGAUAUCCAACAUUUUUGCGCAUUUUUCCCAAAGAAAAAAAUGUUUCGUGCGCAAACUUUUCGGUCUGAAAUGCUUCCAUUUGAUAUUUGUAUACAGCCUCUUGUACGUUUUUAACCCAUGUCACAGCAAAGAAUAACUGUCAGGCGUGAGAAGAGACCUUAAAGCUUCAAGUUUGACUGUAUACCUGGAAACCACUUAACCACAGACCGCCAAACACCGCAGAUUUUGAAUGUCCUCUUGUAGUUAACGCCAUGAGACAAUUCGGGAAUGCCACUUACUGGACUUGUCCCCUCCAGAGACAGUAGAGCUUGGAACUGAUCUCGCUAUCUACUAUAAAUAAACUUGGUUUCAUUCUGUAGGGACCAUUCCGCAAACAAGAUGAAGUAUCGUAUCAACGUCAUCGGCCUUUAAACCCAACAUUACGAGUACAGACCGCCUAUACCUCAGUGGAAGAAAGCAGGUACAGGAAUUGGGUAUUUUAAAAUUUAAAUCAUGAGACUCGUCAAUACGUCUGGAGGAACUAGGCCAAGAGAAGAUAGCGGUCUGAUAAUUCAUCUGUGUCUGAAUGCAGCGAACCUGUAGCGACGCUUAUAACCUCCAGAGUAUAUGAGGACAAAAUUCAAAAUGUACCCUUCAAAGCUUAUUUGAAUUAAGAAUUCUGAAGAUCGCGCAAGACUAGCUCUUUAAGAAUUUUGAAGAUUGCGCAAUACUAGCUCUAUAAGAAUUCUGAAGAUCGCGCCAGACUAGCUCAUUAAGAAUUCUGUAGAUUGCGCAAUACUAGCUCAUUAAGAAUUCUGUAGAUUGUGCAAUACUAGCUCAUUAAGAAUUCUGAAGAUUGCACAAUACUAGCUCUAUAAGAAUUCUGAAGAUCGCGCCAGACUAACUCAUUAAGAAUUCUGUAGAUUGCGCAAUACUAGCUCAUUAAGAAUUCUGUAGAUUGCACAAUACUAGUUCAUUAAGAAUUCUGAAGAUUGCGCAAUACUAGCUCAUUAAGAAUUCUGAAGAUUGCGCAAUACUAGCUCGUUAAGAAUUCUGAAGAUUGCGCAAUAUUAGCUCAUUAAGAAUUCUGAAGAUUGCGUAAGCUCGUCUCCAGCAUAAAUCAGGGCAAUGACGUAUUGUUAUCUUUUUAGGGCAAAAAUGAAAACAGAAGAAUGGAUAGCAAGAGUGGUUGAAAAACCGUAAGUGUUGUGUGAGAGUAAUAAUAGUUUAUAAUUGCCAAUAAUUGCGUUUUUUAAUUUUCUAAUUGUCGUACCUUUGUUUCAGAUUUCAGCCUUUCACUCAUCACGAGAAAGUCUACAACCCUCUGCUCCAUACGAAAUCAACUUUUGGAAGGUUGGUUCUUAACCUGGAAAAUACAUAAAAAUACAUGUCGAUUAUCCUUUCUCUUAAUUAAAUGUGCAGGAGAAGAAUGUCGCUCGUCGCGGCUUCAGACCAUUUUCAACAUUCCGACAUCCUCAUUCUUUCUCCAUAAACAUUUUGAAUAAAAUCAAACCUGGUCGAACAUAACCAAACUGCAAAUGCAAUGUUCAAACAGACAUAACAAUGUUGGAUGACGUCAUUGUUCAAAGAGGUGUUAAAUGGCUAUGUAACUAACCCAACUCCUAACCUCAACCCCCUUACACCACACUAAUCUUGAAAAAUUGAGAAAAUGACGUCAGUUUGAUGGUUGGAAACGAGUAAAAACCUAUUUUUUUCUUUUUAGCUUACCCUAUGGCUCGAAACAUUUCCGAGAAGAAUGUGACAAACACGUGACCCAAGAGGUAUGUUACUGGCCUCUGCUACACGAUACGAUGUGUGAAUAUACAUGCAGAAAUGGGGGGAAUCGGGUAAAGAUGAAGCCUACAAUUUUCUUUUGAAUUUUUGUUUCAGAGGUUUCGUACCGUUGUCUCGCCUAUCCCAGUAUUCGAACAGUUCGGGAAGACUUAUUGAAUAAAACAGUGUUGAACACAUCAAGCUUUUAGAUUACCGUGGCUGGUCCAAUGUAAACAAUUGUAAAUAUUUAUGCUAUAAAUACAUAUUUCUGUUUAGUAUUUUGUGAGUUGUAAACUAGUUGUAGAUAGCUCAACACAACUAAAUUAUGGUGAAUUCAUUUAAUGCAAUACAAUAUGUUGCAGUUCUCAAAGAAGUUUGUCAGGCGUGUAAUAGUGAGUUUUAAUUAAUGCUGUCAAAGAUCGUAAACCCCACCAGAACCACACAUGCUGCAAGAUUAUGUCCAAGAAGCAGACGUUGUUGUCUUCAUGUUACUCACAAUUUGAUUACUCAACACCAAUCUCGUUCCCCGACCCUGCGAUCCUCGGGAAGGAACGCGAGGCUCUGGGAUAAUCCGUUUCAGGGAGGAAUC